AUGCCUCACAGCAAACACCAUGAACAUACAGCAAACAAGCAGGACAUUUCUUACACAGAGAUAAAGACAGCUAAGUCUACAAAGAAGCAAAGAAAACCUAAAGCCAAGCAGAGCUCUGUAAUGCUAAGUGAAGAGCAACUAAACUAUGCAGAAGUGACAUUCGACAGAACACCUCAGCUCCUCUCCCCAAAACGGGUUGUCAGAGGAAAAAGACAAGGUCCAAAAACAACUGUGUGGAAAAUAGUAACUGGCAUCCUUGGAGUCUUGUGUGUGGUGCUUACGAUAACCGUGGGGAUCUUACUUCCAAAAUUAUUCUCUAGCCAAGAACAAAGCAGAGAAAGCUCCACCCAUUUCACACAUGUGUGUUUCCUAGAUGGCGCCUGUUACCUUUGUUCACUGGACUGGAUUGCUUUUGGAAACAAUUUCUAUCAUAGUUUUCGUGAAAUAAAAACCUGGGCAGACAGUCAAUCUUCCUGUGAGAAAAGGAACUCUCAUCUUGUGGUGAUAGACUCCAAAGCAGAGCUGGAAAGCUUGCUAUUGUUUAAAAUUCAAGGGUGGAUUAUUCUCAAUAUAGAUGAAGCAGAUGGGUCCUGGCUGUGUGAAAAUGGAACCGAAAUACAGGAAACCAGAAUUAAUGAUUCAGAAAAGAAGAAUCAUAGUUGUCAUUAUCUGAAUGGAAAACAAUUUUUUCUUGAAGACUGUUCAUCUAAGAAAGCAUACACCUGUGAGUUUAAUAUGUCACAGUAG